AUGGCGGAACUUGAAGCAAGGAAACAGCAAGCGAACAAAAAACAGUGUGGACUGAGAGAAGAGGUGACGCAGCUGCAGGAAUUCAUGGAGAAGUUGAGAGAAAAGGUGGAGCAGUUGGAGGAAGCUGCAGCCAACGCGAGCAACUGCAUCAGCGCGACUGGCCUGGCGUGCCACGUGGCUGUCCUGGAGGAACAAAGCUGCGUCAAGAGAGAAUUUAAAGGGAAGUCAGCCCUGUCCUCCCAGUGCACGUCGUGUCCGAGGGAUGACUCCCUCCUGUGUGCCCUGACUCCUCUGCUCGAGGUGGCCCUGGGAUAUUCACGGGGCCAGGUGCAUGACCGUGCUGUCCACCUGUGGCAGUCACUGUUUGCCCGUUCUCCCAGUCUGCAUGUGCAGCCCAGGCUCAGAAAUGUGGUGGUACACCACAUUUCUGAACUGGAGGACAAGGUCCGUAUUCUAGAGAAAAAGUGGCUGAGGACUGGCAGUAGUGCAGUUGCAUGUAAGGCCUGUUUGAGGAUUCACAAAAGCGCUGUCAAGGAUCAGCAGCAGCAGAACUGUGCCACGAAGGAGAGUUGCAACGGAAGCGCAUACCCAAAGACUCACAGCUGGACGAGCUACGAAUGCAGGCAGCAGACCGCCGUGUUCAGCUCGUCCAGGCCCAGCACUACCGGGAUCGAGAGGCCAGUCAAGCAGGCACUGAUUUUGGAACAUAGCAUGAAGGAAGCAGAGGACAAAGAAAACCAGGAGCGGACCCAAGGGUUCAGGGCUGGCCAGAAGACUUUGUCCGCGAAGGUGCUCGAAGUAGAGAGGCGGCAGCUCAGUCUCUUGUCGCACUCCGAGAAAACAUUGAAGCUUGGUCUUAAGAAAUGUGAGGCUACGACCAUGGUCGUCAACUUGAGCAAGUCUGGUGUGCCCCCGUCCUCGGGCAGCGGCGAAGUUGGCCUCUCUGCGUUGAUCGACUGUUCCGGCAAUGGUCGUGUGUGCCAGGUGCGGUCCGUCGUGGCCAAGGCUAGCAGCUACCACUUUCACCAUACGGGAGGAGGAGUGGAGCCAGUGUGGGCAUCCCUGUGUUCAGCCCUGUCCUCCCAGUGCACGUCGUGUCCGAGGGAUGACUCCCUCCUGUGUGCCCUGACUCCUCUGCUCGAGGUGGCCCUGGGAUAUUCACGGGGCCAGGUGCAUGACCGUGCUGUCCACCUGUGGCAGUCACUGUUUGCCCGUUCUCCCAGUCUGCAUGUGCAGCCCAGGCUCAGGGAACUGCUCCGCAAAGUCAAGCCUUCCCUGGUGCCUGAAGACUCGGAGAUCUGCGAGCCAGCUUCCUUCUCCCAGGAUUCUCUGGUGCCGGAUGCUUGCCUUCCCACAACACCGCAAAAGAAGGAAGGGCUGUCAUUCAGCCCACUGCUUUCGUCCAAGAACCGCUUGACACCUCCUUCGGGCAGUUCUACGACGCGUUCCUCAGUUGUGCGGCUUCGGACACCACAGAGGGCCCCACCAUCUCCUCGCAAGAGGCGCUCGCUCUAUGACUUCCGGGCGGAGGAGUUCGUCAAGGUGGUCUCCCCUGUCAAAAGGAAGCAGGUUCUGACGGAGCACCAGAAAGAGGUCCGCAAGGAACGCAGGUCCUUUCCAGCCCUAUAUAGCAACCUGUCCCAGAGUGGCGGCAUAGACAGCCAAGAUUCAGAGACUCCACAGGAAUCCGAGGAGAUGGACGAUGAACCUUUCACCGGAGGAAAGAGGCAAACUUUGGAACCCAUGCCAGUGAUCGUGCUCGACUCGGACAGCGAGGACAAUGGGAUGGCACUCGAGGAUCUCCCAUCCGUGGCCCAGGAAGUGUGUGGCACUCCUCCUUCCUUGCUCCAUCCAUCAAACACAGCCACCAAUGGCGAUGAUGUGGUGCCUGAGACCCAACAAGACUCCAUACUCUUUACCUCGGUGGAGACUCCAAAGAGCCAAAAGCCACACCAGAGAGAUUGCCCCCCGUCAAACCCCAUGUCAGGAGGCAGCCCUCGAGUGCAUCGUCCCAGGGCCCGGCUUUCCUUCACCCGGCCGCCUGUUUUGGAAGCGGAAGAGUGUGAGGCAUUGGGAGACACUGACGUGGUGCCCAGUUCACAGUCCUCCGUUGGCUCCAUUGAAGGGGUGGAGAUGGCCAAGUCGGGUCACGAUAAGCCGCUCGUAGAUAUACACCCAGACAGUCCCGUCACGGUAUGGCUGCAAGACAAGGAGAGGGGACGGCUCGUUGCCAGCCAAGAGACACUGGUGCACAAGAACAAUGGUGAUAGCCCAAAAAAUCUGAGGCUUACAAGGGGGUCGCUGGUUGCUAAUCGGCCGAUCGGGUGGCAAGAGGAGCUGUUGGAGGAUGGCAUUGCGCCACUUGAUGACGAUGUGCCCGCAAACAGUGCACCGGCUGAGCCGAACGUAGAGGAACACACAAAAGAAGCUUGCACCACUCAGGAGUCGACCGACAUUGAGAUACACGAGGACGAGCUGGAGGCAGAGGACAUUGAGCCUUCGUCCCCUGCGCCAGCGAACAGUGAAGAGUGCGCGCUGAAACUCAGCGAGGCCUUUUCUGCAUGUUACAGUGAGGGCACCGUGCAAGCGUCUCAGACAUCACCAGAAUUUGGUGUGCCUAUUCUAAGCUCUGAAAACACAGACAGAGUUGAACUGGCAGUAGACAGUGAAAAGCCAAUGGCCAGCGCAUGCACGAGGGUCGACACCCACGAGAGUGUCCCUGCCAGUCACUCGUGCCCAGAUGUUUGCACUGUGCCUGAAACCGAAGACCAAGCUGCCCUAGAAAGCUGGGAAACGAAAAGUGGGACCAAUGCAGCAUCCAAGACAGAGCUGCUUCAGAAAAAGGCAGUCAGGGGAUCACGCAAGCGCAAGCUGCCUUCACAGACCACGUCCCCAAUCGCCAGCCGCCUUCGGGCAAAACGAGCACGGCAAGAGCAGGUGCAGUGGAACUCUUCUCCCCCACCACCGGAUGCAGCUUCCAGCAGAGGCAAGCCUCGAUGGUCGGGUUCUUCACCGGCACUCUCACGCAGCCGCAUCAUGCUGGAUGCCGCCAUGCGCAGCGUAGGCUCGUCUCCGAGCCGUCACGCAGACAGUGCGCCCACUGUGCCACAGCCAAACGACGGUGGGAAUGGCGCCAAUCCACCGCUCAGCAUCCUCAAGAGGCACCCACCAGCUGAAGAGGGUUCACCCCAAGGGUCCCCACACAGAGCCAGGCAAGUGUCAAGCAGGCACGUCUCAUUUGCUGAUCCUCUUGUGCAAGGCGAAUACAAGAUAGGGCCCCGCAGGUCACGCAUCUCCAGAGCCCUGUAUGAGCAGGAUGCCGAGAUGGAGGAAGGUGAGCUGAGCGACAGCCAGCAGCCCCUAUGGCCUCCCCUCGAGGGCAGCACGGAGCCCGUGGAGGACGUCCUGCCUCUGCUCACCAGCUCCCUCUGGCAGCGCAGCCUUGGACGCAAGCUGCAUAUACUGGGCAUCACCACCGUGGGUGCGCUGGCAUCGAUGACCUGUGCACAAGCACUCCAGCUGCCCGUGCGAGCUCCACGCGUGGCGUCUUUGCGCAAGGCCCUCGAACAGUACUCGAUGCCUAAUGAGUGUGCCUCCCCCGAGUUGCCGCUCGAGUCGGGAGAAGCGUCGGCCACCAGCGACUCCACGGCCCUGACCAGCUUGACACCAGGUGAGAAUGGCACAGCAGCUGGUGUCAGCACCUUGGAAGAGGAAGCCUCGAACGAUGAAGCCACCGGGAUGCUCUGCACAUUGGCACAGCCUCCUGCCUCUCCACAGGAAGACAAUCCAGCAGCCACAAUUGAUGGUGAAACUGAGAUUAUUUGUUCCUUGUCAUCUGAGCCAAAAGAAUUGGCAGUUCCCAUGAGUUUGCAAGAUGCCACAACACAGACUGACGAGGAUGCACAGACCACUGCCAGCAGAGAAGUGCAAUGUUGCCCACUGGUAACAGAGGAUGCAGUGCAGACAGGUUUGGUGGUGAUGUCGAAGGAGGAAAUCUGCCAGCUCCUGACCCCCAACUUCUUUGCAUCCCUCAAACGAGCCGAGUUGGGCCGGAUCCUUGGCAUCGUAGCCACAGUUGUAGCACAGGACUCACAGCAGUGAGAGAGGGCUGCAGUCAUAUGUCAAAUACUCAUCGUAUGCACAGCCUUGUAGCAAACAGUGCUGGCACAUGCACUGCCUGGGCAAACUUCCUUCAAUUUCCAUGGUAGUCUCUUUUAAUAAUGCACACUGGCGAUUGCUAGGUACAAAUGUGCUAUCUCGGGUGUUUCUGGCAUUAGUUGUCUUUCUCACAUGUUGCGGACCGAGUCUUUACUUGUCUUUGUGCAUUAGCUGCUAAUGUGAGAGCAACAUAUUUUAUACCCUCAGCUUUUGUAUUAUGGGCCCACGGUUUCAUACGUAGCAACUGCACAGCUUGCAGCCUACUGUAAAAUACCAAUUAACUGCCUCCCUCCCCUCUCAGUGUAAGGAUAAUGCAGGGCUCUUGCUUGACACUCCCCUCAAAAAAAAAAAAAAUGGAAAAGAAAAAAUUCAGUGUGCUUGCACAACUAGAGUAAUUUGAUCAGCAUUUUAUAGUAUUGGAUGUAUACCACAUGAAGCUAUGCCAAUAAAGAAAAAAGGUGGGGGAGGGUUCAUAGAAACGGGGUCUAGUAGGAUACUUCUUUUGGGUGUUUUUUUGUGGAAUGCCACUGCAGCCAGCAUAUACCUCUGAAUGGCUGCAAGUUUUAAUGUUUCUUGUGUGUGAUACAUUUAAUAUUUCUAUGAGAGUGAGCCAGAGAGAGGAAGUGGCACAGUGUGACUGGUUGGCUUUCUUCUCGUCAUGCUUUGUGUUCUCAUACCUACCGCCCACUAUAGCAGUUGAAUUUUAGAUGAGACGAUUACAGCAGCAAUAGCCAACUUGCAAAUUUCACCAAAAUAUAUGUUGUACAUACAAGUCCCUUUCUUCAAGAUGUAAAUUAGACAUACACAGAGUUCAGGGUAUGCUGCAAAAAAAAAAAAUCUGAUUAUCCAUUGAACUCUUAGUGGCUUUUUGGGUGCACAGUGGUUUCUAUUGUAGCUCAUCACUCACUGUGCACUGUCCCAGUUUUUUGUUUUUGGAAGAUGUUAUGCUGUGCUCAGCAGAGUGUGAUGUUUUGCUGCUACAUUAGGCUACCUAUUUCAGCAUUUGCUGGAUGUUUGGUUCUCUAAGUUCUGGUGCCAUCGUGCUUUCUCUUGUCACAUUUCUGGCAAGAAAGAAGUCAUUCAGUUGAUCACUCGAGCAUCGAUAAUUUGUCACAUAGUGUGCUCGCUCUUCUAAACAGAGGGCUUAGUGCUACCCUGCUUUGCUUCGGUGGGGUCUUCUGAUGCGUUCAGUGACGGCUGUUACAAGGUCAGCAGCAUAGGUUCAGUUGGCUGGCAAUGUUUGAAAUGUGCAGCAAGUCCUGUUUUAUCAUGCACAUAUUUCUUUCACAUUUCUUUUUAUUAACUCAUUCAGGCUUUCGUUCAGCAUUUUGUUUUCUUCCCUAAGAAUAAAUAAAACUACAAAGAAGUGUGGGUAAAUAAGUGUGUUUUCUUUCGGAAUACCAGCUAUACCACUAUAAUGUUUUUAAUGAAGUCUGUUGUGCAACCUUUGUAACUGUAAUUUACAAUCUUGAAAUAUCGUAGUUAAGAAGGUAAGGGUCCUUUUUCAUAUACAAUAGGAUUAUUUGUUUCACUGCCAAUAAUGUUUUAUUUAUGGUAUUGUAUCAUAGUAGCUUGUUCUUCGACCUUUUUCAAAUAUCAUAGCAGACAAAAUGUGGUUGAAGCAGCACAAGCACUACACUGGAACUUUGCUUGUGUAAUGAAAGCAUUUGUUUUUGUGUGUGUGGGUGAGUCUUGUGUCUUCUCAGCACUGCUUCGUCAAUAUUGUGGCUCACCAAUAGGCCAUCAUUAUAGUAGGGUCAUUCAAUGCCAACUGUCCCAACCAAGGGGCUCGCCAAAAAACUAUUUCAAUCAAAUAAUUUCAGAAAAUUACACCUAUAUAGGCAUUGGUUCUAAAAUAUUUUCUCAAGAUAUUUUGAGAAGCAAAAUUUUCUUGCGCCCAUGACCACCAUUCGAAAUUCACGAAACGGUGAAAAACAAGGUUUGAAAAAACAUUUUCUGUAAAUUGACCGUUUUGCACCUUCUUUCAAUACUUGCUUUUUUGCAUUUAUAGAGCAACAUGCUUGUAUUAUAAAACAUUUGCUCACGAUAGCUUGAAAAUUUUCACACUUUAGAGCGUAGACAAAACUGAGUAAAUUGUAGUGUUUUCAAGAAUUUCUACAAACUACAACCAUCGAUACGAUCCGUUAAUUACUUCUAGCCAACUCUUCAUAAAACCUACUAUUUACAAAUAUAUUUGUUUUGCUGGUGUGUAGUGUUUAAGCUCUAAAACAAAAUCCUGAUCUUAGCAAAAACGCCACUUUGGUUUAAGCUGAGAUGUCUGUUGCACCCUAAGGUGGUCCAAGAAAAAAAAAAACAGGAGAAAAGUGCAUACGAUUGAGAAUCAUAUCAUCUUUGUUCACAGAAAGUUCAAUCGAAGUGAUUUUGUUUUAGUGGAGAAAAACAUUUUUGACGUUUAGUACCACCAUUGCAUUGUUUUGCUAUGGGGCCAAUAUAAGCCAACUGAAUUUGCUGCAACAAAAAGAGUGGUAGUGCAUUUACAACUCGUGGUUCAAAGUCUACUUGUUAGUACUGUAUUUUGUAUAAUAUACAUCGAGGUGAUAAUAAAAAGGUGCAAAAGACCUAACAAUGUGAAUGAAAUAUAUGCCACUAUGCUCCCAAUAGUGAACCGCGUUACAUUUAUUGCAUGUGGCACACAGUGCAGGUGGCGGCCAAAGACUAGUGCACCAUAAAAAUCUAAUGUGAUCUCACAACAGCUGUAAAACAGUGCAUGUUACCAGACUGAAUGUCUUGCUUUAAUCAAAACUUGUUUCUGCAACCACCCAAACAAGCUGUGAAAAACUAUCUAUGUGAACGUUCCGACAUGUUUUUUGACACCAAUGGUUUCAUAUAGCCACAUACAUAUACAAAUAGCUUCACAAAAUUACACAUAUGUGUAAUUUUGAAUUGAAAUUGAUUUUUGAUGAGUGUCAUGGUUGGGACAGUUGGCGUGGAAUGACCCAGUAUAUUGUAAUCAUAGUAGACUACAAUCUUGUGCUCGCAAAGGGUACCUUAAACUUUCUUUUUAUGUCUGCUUAUCUUUAGUGCGGCUUUGAUAUGCACUAUUUAAAUGAUGUUCAUUGAACAAGUUAUCGUAACACUUUUAAUGGAGUUGGAACUUUUAGAUGUUUUGUUAGUAGUCGUAGCAUUUAUGAUGUGAGUGCUCCUCAGUCAAAAUUGCUUCCCGAUUUUCACUGAGCCAAGCACUCCAACAUCACCAAUUAUAAUUGAGUUUCAUAAUGUGCACAUGCGUUUCUUUAUCAUUUGUGCAACAUAAUCACUGUACUUAAGUAUUCCUUCUUUUUGUGAUCAACCUCCACUGUGCAUUUUAUUUUAGUAUUGUACCUGGAACAUCGAAAUAAAUUGUUGUACACCUUUUAA